AUGUGUCGGGAGCACGUCGCCUUCGAAUUCGAGGAAUCGACAAAGCUCGUGCACCUGUCUGUUAGGUCGAAGAAGCAAGUGCCUACCGUCUCUGUCGGACUACUCCUUCAAGAUUCCGGGAUCGACUUGGACGCUGCACGCGACCCUCGACGCGGCGUCGAAGAUGGUACACCGGGCAACAAAAUUGUCGAUGGCGAGGUCGUCAUACUCUACGGGCAGAACUACAACAUCCAGAUCUCAUCCUAUAGCUUCGCGUUGGUUUGGAGAGUCAUAUCUGAUACUCCCAGCAACAAUAACCAACGCCUCGCAGAGCUUGCAGAAGCUACCUGCAAGCAAUCACUCUCCUUGUUGAAAGCCAUGGGAUCACGCGACAUGCCUACAGGGGCUGAGUUAUCCGAACUGGUAUCACAUCGAAUCACGAGACCACGAACAUCGAAGCAUGCCGUGGUCCGGGAGGAUAGAGCUCAGCGCCGACAAAUAGGUGAGGGAGCUUUUGGCAAAGUAUACAGGAGCCAAGAUCUGGAGACUUCAGCAUGGAUUGCCAUCAAAGUAAUCCAAUUACGCAAGUUUUUCAAAGUCGACGGUUUCGACAUCAACAGGGCUCGAGCUAUCUUUCAUAGAGAGCUCAGAGUCAUGCAGAGCACCAACCACCCAAACAUCAUCCAAUAUCUAGGCUACAGCGAGGUCGACACUAUGGAACCUGAGAUCAUAAUGCCAUUCUGCGAGAGCUCCGCGGAAAAGAUGUUCAGGCUUGAUAUGCCGGAAGCGCACUACCAGGAAACUUGCUGGGAGGUAUUAGAGCAGAUGCUCUGCGCCCUUGACUAUCUGGCAAGCCUGGGAUAUGUCCACCGCGACUUGAAACCCGAGAACAUUUUGUACGAUGUCGACGUCUCCAACCCAGGCCAUUACCUUUUCCGGUUGGCCGACUUCGGACUCGCCAACCACCAGAAGCUCGCACACACAAUGUGCGGUACCGUCGCGUACCAGGCUCCCGAGCUCUGGCCGCGUAUAUCCAACCUCCCACAAAUGCAAUAUAAGCAGGACCAUAAAAUGGAUGUGUGGUCCUUAUACGCAACCUACGUCGCACUUUCGACCAGGAUGAAGAUGUUCCCGCCACGCAGCUCCGGUAUUAGCCAGGAGCAGUUCUACAACCUGUCCAGGAACACACUCAUGAACUCGGUCAAAACCUUCAAGGCUCUCGCACCAAUGGCUGUGCUUGAACCGGACCGUCGCGCCUCCGCUGCAUGGAUGUUGAACGCUCUCUUCGAAGGCCGAGGCUUGACAACCAAGCCAGGGAAGAUUGAGCCAUACUAUCCUCCAGGAAGUUCUCCUCCCCAUUCUCAGCAAGCUCAGCCAGCACCCGUCCGUCAGUGGUCGAGUAAAAUGGACAUUGACGAUCCGCCAAGCAUUCCUGCAUCCCGUCCAGUUACCCGGCAAGGCGGUAGACUCGACGUCAAUGUUCCACUCAUUGUACACUCUCGUGCAGUUCUUGACCGGCGUGACGCGCAACUCGUACAGCAAAAGAUUCGCAAACAAGGGGGAGGAGUCGUCAAGCGUAGGGCUAAGCCUCGCCACCCUGUCACUAUUCGGUAG